AUGCAGAUCAAAGAGCAUGACAAACUCAGAGCCUCAUUGGUCAGCUCUUUGAUGUCACGUGCUGCAUCACCUAAAGUCUACAGCAUCCAGCAGGUGUCAUUCAGUCAGAUGUUGCAGUUGAACGCACGCGACUCAUCUGUAGACACGCGACAUACUUUGACAAACCUUUCCACCACGGAACACCUAAGAUCUCAACUUUUUGCACACACUGAAAGCCUGGGAGGCUUGGAUAUCGACACGGAACUUUUGAGCAACUGCGCCGAGAAUAUGGUGACCAGCAGGGACAUCCAUCCUGCCACUGCGGACGCCCUGGACGAGAAGAAAACAAACUCUGCACGCAGAAAAAUGUUUAUUUUGAAUGAGCUCAUUCAAACUGAAAAGGCCUACGUCCGAGACCUACGGGAAUGCAUUGACAUUUACAUGGGGGAGAUGUUGACCAAGGAGGAAGAGAUCCUUCCAGAAAUCGCCAAUGCGGAGCAUGUCAUCUUUGGGAACAUUUCAGAGCUGUAUGAAUUCCAUCACAGCAUCUUUCUGAAAGAGCUGGAAAAAUACAAACAUGUCCCCGAAGAUGUCGGAAAGAGCUUUGUCACAUGGGCUGAUAAAUUCCAGUUGUAUGUAGAAUACUGCAAGAACAACGAAGAAUCCACUCGGCUCAUCAUGGAGCAUGCUUUGAACUAUUUUCAUAACAUUCAGCAGAAGCACGGACUGGCAAACUCAGUCAACUCCUACCUGCUGAAGCCCGUGCAGAGAAUCACAAAAUAUCCACUCUUGCUAAAGGAUCUGAUGGAAUGCUGUGAAGAAGGGAAAGCCGAGCUCAAGAUGGCCCUGGAUGUGACUCUCAGCAUUCCCAAGAGAGCCAACGAUGCAAUGCAUCUCUCUGUGCUGGAAGGAUUUGAUGAGAGCAUCGAGUCCCAAGGCGAGCUGCUCCUCCAGGAGACCUUCCACGUCUGGGAUUCAAAGACACCAUUCAAAAUGGGAAAAAAUAGGCAGCUCUUUCUCUUGGAGAAAUGCUUGGUGAUCUGCAAGGUCGUCAAGGACGACAAGGGGAAGAGCAGGUACACAUACAAGAAAAAACUCAAUAUACACGACAUAACGCUGACAGAGCACCUGAAGGGAGACCCAAGCAAGUUUGCUCUUUCGUUGGGCCGACCACAUACAUCGAGCAAGAUUGUUCUGAAGGCUUCCACUUCUGUGACCAAGAUGGACUGGAUCCAACAUAUCCGGAAGCUGAUACAGGGGCACACCAUCCACCUGGGGGAGGCGCUCAAGGAGACGAGGCGUAUUCCCAAGAGUCGAAGGAAUGAAAAACAUCAUGAAGUUGAAGGUGAAAGAAAGAUUGAGGCCUGCUACAUUGGAGGACCUUGGCUAUUACCCGGCACAAAGAAAAGUGGGGUUCUCAAAGUGACGUACAUAUAGCAACUUACAAAAACUUGCACACAUUGACAAGGUUCUUGUAAAAAAAAAAAAAAAAAAAAAAAAAAAAGGACUAUUUCAAAUUGUCAAGUUUUAAUAUAUGUAUAUACUGUAUAUAAUUUGUGUUGGGGUU